GUCCAUGCGUUUCACGAGGAAACGAAGAAGACAACAGCUGCAGGAAGUUAAAGUCGAGAUGAGACAGACAGGCGUUUGGACGUGACGUUUUUAAGUUAUUGACAUUUUUAAAGCAUGAACUAGCUGAUUAUCAAGUGACGCUCGUUAAAGAAAUGCCUUUGUUCAUUCAGGGUAGAGAACUUGGCCGCAUAAGGUCGACAGAGGAGUUGUUCAGCAAAUAUCCACAUUUACAGGAACAUGCUAGAACCUUUCGCUCCAGGCCUCUGGUUGAAGUGGACCCAAAGUGCCUCCUGUAUGUUCAGCAAAGAGAGUUUGCAACAACAACACCAGCAGACGAGUAUGUUUCGGUCAUUGGGUCAGACGAUGCUACAACCUGUCAUUUGGUUGUGCUUCGACACACUGGAAGUGGAGCUGCGUGCCUUGCUCACUGUGAUGGCUCCAGAACCUGGUCUGAGGUCCAACUCAUUGUGAAAGCAGUUGCAUCAUUGAGAAAUGUCUUUAAGGAUGGCCGAUUUGAGCUCCAUCUGGUUGGGGGUUUUAAUGAUGACGCAAGAACCUCCCAUAAACUCAGCCUUAGUAUUCUCGCAGCAUUCCAGAAGCAGGAGCAGGAUAUUCACCUGGAAACGUGCUGCAUCACAGGUAACUGUUCCCUUCAUGGAUGCAGUCAUCGUGGCUCUAAAUCAGACUUCAUCUGUUUAAACUUUUAUGUUUCAGACAUGAAUGACAUGGUUGAAAAUGGAAUUCAUAAACCAGUUGUGUACGGAAUAGGUGUAAAUGUUAAAACUGGGGAAGUGUUCCCCGCCUCGUUCCCUCAGAAAGGACCUGCAGAGGAGCUGAGAUCAGCACGGACUUUCACUGGGGGACAGAUGGCUGACAUAUAUGACUCGGACCAUGGGCUUGUUAAAAUUGACCCAUGCAAGUGGUCUCCUGACAUGGACAUUGCCUUGUGGUUGUCGCAAAGUGAUGAUACAAUUUUAAAGUGCCUUUCCACGUCUCCGAUGGCUGAGCCGCCACACUUUGUCCAGCACAUAAAGUCGACCAUCCAGUUCAUUUUAGCGCACCCAAAUUCUGACAGCUUGUUUCCAGGCCGUCAGCCUCAGCUAUACCACAGGAACCAGAGCGGAGACUGGGAGAGGCUCCUCCGGUCGUAGCUCCCUCUUUGUUUCUGACCGGUUCCUGCCUCUCGUUUCAACAGAAACACUGUGACCCUUAAACUCAUCGUCUGUUUGACUGUUGUGUCGUAACGUGGAGUGCUUUACGGAUCCCGCACAUCAGCUGUCUUACUGUCCUGCUAGACCACUCUUAUCUCCACUCCUAUGAGUUGAAACGCAGCCUGCGCCUUGCACCACCUUCUGUGUUUUUAAGUGUUUUUUAUUGUAAUGGACACGGUGGAACAUUUUUAUCUUCUUUGAUUCAUAAAUAGUAAUUGCUUGUUCCACUUAUUGUUCAGUUUGAGGCAGUGCAGCGUAAGUCCACCUGACCUCUGAUUGUGAGCCAUUUUGGUGCCAAAAGUUCAGACGAGAAGCAAAAUGACCUUUAUGAUUAGACGACGUAUUAUGGUACAGCACCACACAGGAAAGUAAUUAAAAACGUAUUUCUAAAGGCAGCGAUUGUAGGUUUCAGGUUUAUAUUAUUUGGACUCUGUGUUUAUUAAGCAUUUGUCCAUGAUUAUAGUUGAGCCUAAACAUCUAAACAGCAAAAGUAAAUAUAUGACAUUAAUGUACCUUUUAUAUUAGAGCUUUCAGGUUUUCCUCUUAAAGAAACCAUAAACGAUAUUUAGUGGCGUCCUCCGCAUCCCGCUCUACACUCGCCUUUGAUUGUGUUUGUGUCAGAAACUGCACGCGUGUGCAUCUUUUGCUUUUAUAAGGAAUGACAUAAAUUCUUGUUGAGUGCAAUAAAAAUGUGUUUAUGAGUUUUCUCUGAUCAUUAAAACAGAUCAAAUCUGAA